ACUCACCUCCACAUCUCCCCAGCAAGCCCAAACCAGAUAUCCACCAUCUCCAAAUCCCUCGGUUGUGCACCCUGACCUCAUCAUCUCCAACCUCCAACCUCCAACCUCCAACCUCAACUUCGUAUGGUAAAAAACGUACGUCUGCAUCUCCAGUCUCUAUCUCUCAAUGCUGUCACCUUUUUUGCUUCUUCUUUCUUGAACACCCAGAUCGUUAUUGUUCACAAAGAGGCAUUUUGUAUGGGAUCCUGACUUAAUCACAAGUGAAGAAACUCGGUGAAACCAACUUCGGGAACUGAUAACGUGUGGAGGAUUUUGAGGGCUUACUGAGAAGGGUGAAGUGUCAUCAGCCCACAGCUCAUAAUGGUUUUUCUAUCUGAAUUUUCAGAAGGAUCUUCAUAUUCUUCAUCAACUCAUGGCCAUAGUUCAUCAAGUCGUGGUCAUAGUUCAUCAACUGAUGGUCUUAGAUAUGAUGUAUUUUUAAGUUUUAGAGGACUUGACACCCGUCAUAGUUUCACUGAUCACCUUCAUAAGGCCCUCAUUGAUGCCAAUAUCACUACCUUCUUGGACUAUGAAGAGAGUGAAACAGGGGAAGAUCUGAAACCAGAACUGGAGACUGCAAUUAAGGCAUCUCGGGCUUCUGUUAUCGUGUUGUCUAAUAAUUAUGCUUCUUCAACAUGCUGCCUUGAUGAAUUGGUGCUGAUCCUUGAGCAGCGUAUGACAUCCAACCAUAUUGUCAUCCCUAUAUUUUAUCAUGUGGAUCCCACACAUGUUAGGAAGCAGCAAAGUAGCUUUGGAGAUGCAAUGGCUAAGCAUAAACAGACAAUGGAGACACAGACAGAUGCAAAUAAAAAAAGUCAUUGGGCUCAAAAGAUGGACCGAUGGAAUAAAGGGCUUAUUAAAGUUGCUAAUUUAAAAGGAAAGGACAUAAAUGGCAGGUUAGAGAUGGAGUGUAUUGAAGAAAUUGUGAAGGACAUCCACCGUAGAUUACAUGUACACUUAAGAAGCGUUCGACCACAACUUAUUGGGAUGAAGUAUCAUAUUAACUUUGUAACUUCAUGGUUGAAAGAUGGAUCCUCACAUACGGCAGACAUACUUACUAUUUAUGGUAUAGGUGGGACCGGGAAGACAUCUUUAGCCAAACAUGUCUAUGGGCUAUAUUCUCGUGAGUUCCACAGAAGCAGCUAUAUUGAAGAUAUCACUAGGAAAUGUGAUGGGAAGUUUAAUGGGUUACUUAAUUUACAAGAACAACUCUGCAAUGACAUUUCAAAACCAAGUUCAAUUAAAGUUCAUGAUGUUUCCGUAUACACCGCAAAGAUAGAGAAUGCACUAGCACUUAAAAGGGUGUUUCUAGUUCUUGAUGAUAUCAAUACUCUUGUUCAGUUGGAUGCAUUACUUGGAAGCAAAGGCUUUCAUCCCGGAAGCAAAAUUAUAAUUACAACAAAGGACAGUUGGUUGACUGAGAGUUGUUCUUUAUUCAAAACAAACAAUAAACCCAAGCAUGAAAGACAUUUUCUUCCAGGCUUAGAUGAUAUUGCAUCGCAACAACUUUUGUGUACCCAUGCAUUCAUGUACAACCAACCUAAGGUGGGAUAUGAAGAGGUGUCUGAUAAGCUUGUUAACUAUUGUCAAGGACAUCCAUUGGCUCUUGAAGUUUUGGGAAAGUCUCUACAUAAUCGAGAUGCAGCUUAUUGGGAAGAGUGCAUCCAAGGGCUAAGGAAAGAAAUAAGUUCCCCUAUAAAUAAUGUCUUGAAAAUGAGCUUCGACACCUUGCCAUCAAAAAAUGAUAAGGAGUUGUUUAAGCAUAUUGCUUGUUUUUUUGUUGGAAUAGAUAGAGAUGUUACUGAAACAAUAUUAGAGGCAUGUGAUAUAAUCACAACAUCCGGGAUCACGAAUCUCAUUGACAGAUGUUUUCUUAAUAUAAAAUGGAAUAAUGAGUUGGAGAUGCAUCAGUUGGUUCAAGAGAUGGGAAGACUCCAAGUACGUCAAGAAUCCCUUGACAAGCCAUGGAAGCGAAGUCGAUUAUGGUGCCAUAAGGAGUCAUUUAAAGUGUUGAAACAAAAAAAGGGUAAGGGAAAUCUUCUAGGCCUUACCCUUGACAUUCGCAUGCUUGAGAAAGAGAAGUUGGGUCUUGAGAAGAGGAGAAAAUUGGAUGGAUCGCGCGUGGGAACGAAUUCUUCGUCAGAAGCUGGAAUCCAGACGAUGAUUUAUGAAUUUGGAAUAUUCAGCACAAUGUAUGGGGCGGAGGAGAUGCCGAACAUCCCCAACUCUCAAGAAGAAGAGGAAGACUGUUGGUUCAGAGCUUUUUCUCAAAGAAAUCCUGGAACAAUUGGUAGCACACGUGAGCCUGAGCCUAUGACGACUGAAGUUCUUCCCCAAAAGGAGGCAAAGUGUGAUUUGUUUUAAAAUUCCAGGAGACCUUUGAUUUGGAUGGAAAAGGUAACUGUGGCGACAACAUAGUUCAAUUUGAAUAAAUAAUGAUUAUAAUUAGGAUGAUUUUUUUUCGAUGUACAAUUUUUAGCGUUGUUACAAACUAGGACAUGAAACCUAUUAAUGAAAU